AAUGACAUUGAUAAGCUCUCAAUUUCUAAUGUCCAGCGUGGAUCCGAAAGGUUUUGGUCAUAUAUAAUAGCUGCUUAUGCAUUUACCUUCUGGACAUGCUAUAUUUUGAUGAAGGAGUGUGGAAAAGUUGCCGCAAUGAGAUUGCAGUUUCUUGCAGCAGAAAAACGUCGUCCUGAUCAAUUUUCGGUGCUCGUUAGAAACAUUCCACCAGAUCCUGACGAAUCUGUUAGUGAGCUUGUGGAGCACUUCUUUUUGGUCAACCAUUCGAAUACCUAUCUGACUCACCAGGUUGUUUAUAAUGCAAACCGGUUGGCAAAGUUGGUUAAAAAGAAGAGCAAGAUGCAGAAUUGGCUCGUCUAUUAUCAAAAUAAGCUGGACAGAACUUCAAUAAGACCAGAAAUGAAGACUGGUUUCCUUGGUUGUUGUGGAACAAAAGUAGAUUCUAUUGAUCAUUACACCACUGAAAUUGACAAGCUGUCAAAAGAAAUAGCUUUAGAGAGGGAUAAGGUCACCAAUGAUCCCAAGUCCACCAACUGCUGGCAUUAGCUUCUCUCCAUCCAA